AUGCGACCGACCGCUGGGGAGAACGGGAGGACGAGUGUUAUCGAGGAGAAGGUGGCUGGAAAACUGCAUAACUUGAAUCAAAAAUACGAGAAUCUGCGUCCAUAUCUUUUCCAAAUUGACGCUAUGGAUGAGAGCACCCGAAGAUUGGAAGAAGCUAUCGCUGUUCUUGAGAAUUAUGUUACUCAAAUCGAAUCCAAGCUCGCCAACAUACAAUAGCAAAGCCAUUAAAUACGCAA